GUGAUGUGUAUUGUGGGGUUUGUUAGCUGUAAUGCGGCGCCUCAGUGAAAUGCACCAGAAAUAGAAGAGGAAAGAGAAACGAUUUUAAAAAAAGCAGGAGAAAGCAGCUUGACUGCUGCAGCAGCUGGAAGAGGAGAAGCGAAAGGGAUCCAGUCGUAGCUGGGACGGUGAUCUGGAGCUGAGAUAGACUCGGUUUGGAAGAAAGAAGGGAAACAACGCAGAAGGAAAAUUUCACGGGAAAUCGUAUGAAGGACUCCACUGAGAGAAGAUUUUAAAUCCCAGGUGAGACACAAAAUACUCAGACCCUGGGAGCAGUUGGAUUUGCUGUACACUUGUGGGACGUUUAACAUCCCGAAAUGUUGCUAAGGGACAGAUUUCUCCUGAACACUGGCUUGGUGUUUAUUGUGUCACUGUGCCACCUCGUUACAUCCAUUGAAGUCCCCCUAGAUCUGGCCCAGCCUCCAACCAUCACCAAGCAGAGUCCAAAGGAUUACAUCGUAGAUCCACGAGAUAACGUUAUUAUUUACUGUGAAGGGAAGGGUAACCCAACUCCUGCCUUCUCGUGGACUCGAAAUGGAAAGUUUUUCAACGUCGCAAAAGAUUCCAGAGUUUCGAUGCGAUCGCGGUCAGGGACCCUCACGAUGGAUUUUCGUUACAGUGGCCGCGCAGAGGACUAUGAGGGGGAAUACCAGUGCUCAGCCAGAAAUGACUAUGGAACCGCACUCUCCCACAAAAUAUUCCUUCGAGUCUCCAAAGCACCGCUGUGGCGUAAGGAGGUCUUGGACCCUUUCCAGGUUCAGGAAGGAGCAUCGUUGAUUCUUCCAUGCCAGCCCCCUGCUGGACUUCCUCCUCCUGUCAUCUUCUGGAUGGACAGCAUGAUGGAUUCGAUCCCUCAGAAUAAACGUGUGUCUCAGGGCCUGAAUGGAGACCUGUACUUCUCCAAUGUGGUGCGUAGCGAUGCUCGCUUUGAUUACAUCUGUAAUGCCCGGUUCCUCUUCACACACACCAUUCAACAGAAAAAUCCCAUCACCAUCAAGGUGAUGACCAUGGAUACCAGUUAUGAAUCAGUGCCAACUAUUCUGAAUGAAACUGAAUUGUCUGGUGCUCGACCAAUCAUGGAGCAGAUUCCGAAGUUCAUGUCACCAACGGGGACCUCCAGCAGCAGAAUCAUUCUGCGAGGGGAAGACCUGUUACUGGAAUGCAUCGCUUCAGGAAUACCCACACCAGAUAUAAUUUGGUACAAGAAAGGUGGUGAACUGCCGUGGCCAAAGGUGCGAAUUGAAAACUACAACAAAACAUUGAGAAUCACUGAUGUUUCUGAAGAGAACUCCGGCGAGUAUUUUUGCUUGGCAUCCAAUAAAAUGGGAAGCAUACGGCACACGAUCGCAGUGAGAGUAAAAGCUGCUCCAUAUUGGCUGAAUGAGCCGCAAAAUUUAGUGCUGGCUCCUGGGGAAUAUGGCAGAUUGGUGUGUCAAGCUAAUGGAAAUCCCAAACCUGACAUCCAGUGGCUGGUGAACGGGGAACCCAUAGAAAAGGUCCGUCAGAGUCCAAGCCGUGAAAUUGAUGGUGAUACAAUUAUCUUCCGAGAGGCACAGAUAGGAAGCAGUGCCGUGUAUCAAUGCAAUGCCUCGAAUGAGCACGGGUACUUACUCGCCAAUGCGUUUGUCAGUAUCCUUGAUGUUCAGCCUCGAAUAUUGUCCCGACGAAACCAAAUAGUCAAAGUGAUAGAAAAUAACCGAACAAGGCUCAAUUGUCAGUUCUUCGGUUCACCAAUCCCUACCCUGCGAUGGUUUAAGGAUGGGCAGGGCAAUAACCUUUAUGGAGGAAACUAUAUUAUCCAUGACAACGGGACUUUGGAAUUGCGACGAGCACGGAAGGUUGAUGAGGGAACCUAUACCUGUGUAGCAACCAACAUACUGGGCAAGGCUGAGAACAGGGUGCGACUGGAGGUCAAAGACCCUACAAGGAUCAUCAGGGCUCCAGAAUCUAUCACAGUGAAGAGGUCACUUGCUGCAAAGUUUGAAUGUAAAGUGAGGCACGACCCAACAUUAAGAGUGACGGUGACCUGGCUCAAAGAUGACAAAGUUCUGUAUUUGCCAUGGAGGAUGAAGAAGGAUGAGGACUCUUUAACAAUCAUUAACGUGUCUGAACGAGAUGAAGGCAUCUACACAUGCGUAGCCAGCACAGAACUGGACAGUGACUCAGCCAAGGCACGCCUCACUGUUCUAGUUGUCCCCUCCACCCAAAUUACCCCGCUUGCUGCUGUGCUGAAAGAUCGUCCUGAUCCUCCCCGAGAUCUGGAACUAACGGAUCCAGCAGAUCGAAGUGUAAGAUUGACAUGGAUUCCUGGUGAUGACAACAACAGUCCAAUUACAGAGUUCAUUGUGCAGUUCGAAGAGAACAAAUUUCAGCCCAGAAAGUGGCACAAUUUGACCCGAAUCCCAGGCAACAUCAACUCUGCAGUAUUACAGCUCUCUCCGUAUGUUAAUUACCAGUUCCGGGUGAUAGCAGUGAAUGAAGUUGGAGAAGGAGCCCCCAGUUUACCUUCUGAACGUUAUCAAACAACUGGAACAGCUCCUGAAAUCAAUCCAUCUGAUGUUAGAGGGGCAGGAAUAUCAAAAUCAAGCAUGCAAAUCAGUUGGACGCCUUUGAAUGGAACGCAAAUCAGUGGCCCCAAUCUCAAGUAUAUAGUCAGCUGGAGACAAAAGGAUGUGGGUGGGGAGUGGUCAACAGUCACGGUCCCCAGAGCCAGUUACAUUGUCUCACCAACACCCUUCUUUACACCCUACGAAAUUAAAGUACAGGCAGUGAAUGACUUUGGAGUAGGUCCUGAACCAAGAAUUGUAAUUGGAUACUCGGGUGAAGACUUUCCAAUUGCAGCACCCACAAGCCUUUCUGGAAGGAUUGUUAACAGCACAGCCAUUCUACUCCAGUGGAGGUCAUUGCCACCAGACACGAUUCAAGGAUAUCUCAUUGGCCACAGAAUUCAGUAUUGGAAUGAGGGAAGUCUGCUGAAGAUCAACCAAUACAGGUCACGUGUUCAGGUCAUGGAGUCUCCUGGCCAGCGUCCGCGUGCCAUAGUAUCAGGCUUGCAGCCAUAUCAUGCCUAUAAGCUACAGGUGGCAGCAGUCAAUGGCAGAGGACGUGGACCCUGGAGUGAGGAGUUUGCGAUAAACACCACAGAAGGAGUUCCUGGAAAACCGAGUCACCUCAGAAUCCGACAGCCAGACUUGGAGAGCAUUACAUUGCAGUGGGGUCCUCCCCGUGAUCCAAACGGAAUCAUCACCGGCUAUGUGAUCAUGUACCACCCAUUGACUGGUUCACGGUCAAGACGCAAUUCCACCAUUCCCAGGCUUGGGCCUGAUGUGACCAGUUACACGUUGGAGAGGGUUGAUGCAAACACCAAAUACAGGUUCUAUGUCUUCGCUCAAACCCGCCAAGGACUCGGAGAAGCGAUUGUACUGGAUUCGCCUGACUUUGAAAACGAAGUCACUCCUACUCCUGAGAUUGCAAUAACAAUUGGAGUCGUGUCAAGAGUCAUACCCGUCCCAACUACUCCUACUGUGACCACCGCCAUAACUACCGUAUCUACCACAACCAGCACUGCUCCCCCGACUGUCAUCAUCACUGAGUCUGCCCAACCAGCUGUCACGAGCACCCAUAUAUAUGUGGAAGCUCACGGUAGAAUAUGGAAUCUCACUACGUCAGCAGGCAAUGACUCCGUCAAUAUCACGUGGAGUCACACCUUCCCGAGGGAAAUGGCAAUGUUUACAGUUGAAUACAUUCACAGCAAUGGCACGGUGAAGCAAGAACAUGUCAAAGCAGGUCAGAAUUUUGUCCGACUCGUGGGUCUAGCACCUGGCACGCUGUACAAAAUCAGGGUGUUUUCCACCCAGUUCCCAACAGUUACCAGCAACACCAGCACCAUUGAGACACCCCCAGCUUUCACCAAUAGUCAUGUGGACAUCGCAACGCAGGGAUGGUUCAUUGGCCUGAUGUGUGCUGUGGCGCUCCUGGUGCUAAUUCUGCUGAUUGUGUGCUUCAUAAAGAGGAGCAGAGGAGGCAAAUACCCAGUUAAGACGACAGAAGAAAACAGGCCCUCGCAAGACGACAAUGGAUACCUACCCAGGCUGGACAAGAGUACUAAUCAAUUUUUUUUUGUUCUGUUUGCCUUGUCCAUGCCCCCAUCAUCCUUUUUGUGCUUUACAUAUUCCACUAAUGGGAAACACAGAUCUCUAGAAAGUGAUAAUGAAGACAGCAAGAAGCCUCAAGGCAGUCAGUCUUCAGUGGACGGGACAGUGAAGCAGGAGGAGAGCGAUGACAGCAUAGUCAUCUACGGUGACGGGGAUGGUAAUUCUCGUUUCGGUGAGGACGGCUCCUUCAUCGGACAGUACACGGUCAAGAAGGACAAAGAGGAGACUGAGGGUAAUGACAGCUCCGAAGCUACAUCCCCAGUCAAUCCUGCCUAUUCCUUGGCACAAAUGUGAAAAGUAAGACAAAACCCAAAACUCGAAGCGUAUGGGCACAGGUGCUACGAAGACAGUAACUACAUUUGAUUUAUCCACCAAUAUCCAUGCAUAUGGAAAACUGAAACAAAGUGUGUUUUGACAAACGUGAGGGGCCAAGCGGCAAAGCCAGCAAGAGGUGACAUUUGAAGAGAAUUAAUGAAAGGGGCAAUGUGGAAGGUAGAGUGAUUUAUCAGGUUUUAGAGAAACAUAGCCCUAGAUCUCCCAAGCCUCCAUGCAUUGCUGAUGAGCUCAAUAGCCUGUUUCUCAAGAGUGAGAAAAAAAUCUGGAUAUUGCUAUUUUUCUUCCCAUCCAUUUUAGAUUGCAAGUGACACAAUUUUGGACAUAAUUUCUAACAUUGUGUAUAGAUAAUACUACCUAGGGAUUCCUUUUAUUCCAAUUGCAAGUCCUGCUCUUGUCCCCAGAUAUCAUAAGGCCACAGUUCUACACAGGAUGAAUAUGACUCAAAGAUUUUUGUCAUUAUGCUUUGUUUUUGAACAGUAUUUAAUUUUAAGGUGAAACAUAAUUAAUAUGAUGUAAGAGAAAUGUCAUUAUGUUGACUGGUGCCUCUUCGACCUCCCUUAUUUUAAAUUAUAUGCUUCUUAACAUUAAGGGUUAGACAGCUGUCAAACUGGCCAACGUUGCCAAUAUAGUUGGAGCAAUGAUUAGUCAGAGCAAAACAAGCUUUUAGUGCCUAAGGAGCUGCUUAAAUGUUAUGCAUAAUCAAGUAAGUCAUUUCUGACAAGGUGCCAUUUGACAGGUUAAGACCUGGUGCUACGAUUUUGUAAAAAAAAUUGUGAUGAAUUCUUUGACAUCGUGAUUGAUGCACUUUUCCGUUUGCUGAAUAAUUAAUUCCAUUUCCCGCCCCGAUGACCAGAACAGAAUAUCUUGUUCUCAUCUUUCAGUGACAGUUUAGAAUCCUCUGCUCUCGACGGAGAUGGCCUUUAAUAGAUUGAGACCAGGGAGAGGCACCAGGACUGUGCAGGCACCUUACAUUAUGCCACUUGCAAUUUACAUGAACAAUUCAGAAGAGUGAAAUUCUACUUCCAGCAGCUGCACUGUUAGCAGUCCUGUGAUAAUUGGCUUAUGUGUACCAGAUCCAAGUGAUGUUUGUUAUGUUUUUAAAGUAAGCUUUCUACCCUCCUCCUGCCUCUACCCAGUUCCUUUCCACGCAACCUCAACUUUCAAUAUUCAGUCUUCAAAAAUAUUUGUCUACAUCCUUUAGCUGUUCUGGGUAUUGACCCUCAUGCCUCACCUGUUCCACUGAUCAACCCUAGACCUUAUAUGUUCUCUAGUAAACUGUUGAUUUUCUCGAAUUAAUAGCAGCUUCGAUGCUAACCAACAACCAUAGCUUCUUCAGGCUGAAGCCCCACAUGAUAACACAAAACUCGCUAUUUAGUUUUGUCUAACAUACCUCCAAGUGGGACAAGGAACGUUGACAAGUUUUAACGUAAAUCUGAAAACUCAAAAUGAAUGAAACAAUAAUAACAUCAGGACUUACAUGGUCUUAAUCUUUAGGUUGUGGCCUUUAGUUAAGCUCUCAAUCUUGCUUAAUGUGGUACUUUUGGAGAUUUCAAGACAAAAAUUAUUUCAGUGCCAAGUUCAAUUACCCUAUUGAAAGUCAAAACUAUAUUUCCUUUCCAUCGAAGCCACAUUGCUACUAUAUAUAUCAUGGAUACUACAUAUCCUGACGAGUUUCUUUGUUCUUUACGUAAUAAUGCCUAAUGUUCACUUAAAACCAGUUUCUGCUCCAAGUUUGUGUAUAGAUAUUUUCAAAAUAACAGCUUCCAGUUCCAACCUAGUCACUUUCGCUACACGUCAGUGUGACGAAACAUUCUUCACUUGCCUGGACAUCUGCAGGCCCAAUAAUAUUUAAGUUCAACACCAUUCAAGCCAAAGCAGCCCACUUGAUUGGCUCUCUAUCCAUAAUAUCAAACAGUCACUGCCUCCACCACUGGCACACAGCGACAGCAGUGUGUACCGUCUGCAGAAUGUGCUGCAGUGACUCACCAAGCACCUUCCAAACACAUGACUUGUACCAUCUAGAAGGACAAGGGCAGCUGAUACAUAGGAGCAUCACCAGUUCCUGUCUAAACCACUCAAUAUCCUAACCUGGAAUUAUCUCACUGUUGUCAGGCUGAAAUCCCUCUUUAACAAUGCUUUGGGUGUACCUACACACCUAAAUGCAGCAGCUCAAGAAGGAAACUAGUAUCUACUUUUUCAAGGGAACUUAGACAUGGACAAUAAAUGCUGGCCUUGCCAGUGAUGCCCAUUUCCUAGAACAUUUAUUUUUCCUAAAUUCCUCAACCAUCCUGGUUAAAAACGUGCAGUCACUAUUUAUCAAAACAAAGUGAAACCUCAAGCUGCCUCCUGCCUUUGUUAACCACACUACACUCCACCUGUUUGUCUUAACCGAGUCACCACCUGUGCAUUUUAGUAACAUUCUGCUUUUACCAGUUUUAAACUGCCAGGUUUAAAAUAUUAGGACAUAAAAUCAAGUUUUCUCAGAUUUUUGAGACAGCAUGGUGAUGUGGUUGGAUAUCAGAGCAUCCCUCUGAUUUUGUCAUGACCCUAGCCAAUUUACUUGUGUCAGGAUCACGACAUACAGAGGGGGCUCACUGUUAGGUUCCUGUUACUGUGGAGACUUGGAGAAAUCCUAAAAUACCCCUGGAGAGUGUACCAUGCCUAAAUUGUGGGACUGAGGUUCAUUCUGAAGGCUAAAUUUGAUAGUAGCAUGGGUCUUCACUAGACCCAGUCCUUCACUAAAAGGUUUGGGGCCUACUAGGCCCUAUGCUGGAUGUACUGUUACCUUCCUCUGAUGCUGGGGCAGUGCUGAUAACAUGUAGGGUAGUGCGUUGAUUGGGGGAUGCGAGAGGGAGUCUCACUUCCCCUCUGUUCCCCUUUUUUCUGAUGAAGAGUCCAGGCACGAAAUGUCAGCUUUUCUGCUCCAAAGAUGCUGCUUGGCCUGAUGUGUUCAUUCAGCUCCGUGCUUUGCUAUCUCGGAUUCUCCAGCAUCUGCAGUUCCCAUUAUCCCAUAUGUUAUGUCCUUGUAGUAGACAAGGAAGCAAUGCCAGACAACGAUUGGAAGUUUCCCUGGACACAGUGGGGGAGAAGGGAUGGGAGGAUGGUCAAAGAGCAUUUACAAUCUGACUUCGGGCAGGAUAGGAGAGAGGUAUCUAGACUUAAACAUAUGAAUCAAUCAGACUCAAUUUACAAUAAUGAAAAAUCAUUUGGGAUUUGUAUUUUGCAAAAUAGGCCUGGAAAGGAUGUUUAAAUGCUCUUUGAGACUUGAAGAGUUUGGGUUCCCAAAAACAUACACGAUGACCUUAUCUGUGAAUAAUCUAAAAAGCAGGAUGUCAAUUUCUCAUGCUCCCAUUUAGAAAUCCAACCUCAAGACAUUACCAGUAUAGUAUGGAGCAAGAUGCGUGGGGUUAGUCCGGUGGAGGGAAUUGAACUUUCUAUGUUGGAAUAUCCAAUAGAAAUAAGGUGGAAUGUUUGUUUUACAUAUGACCAAUAUUAUUCUUUGCUGAUUAUAAUGGUGGCUAAAAUCAUGUCAGCUUUCAAACUGAUCCUAUCAGUUUUCCAUUGGGUGACUUCACAUAAAAUGAACUCUUAUAUGCCUAAAUGCUAGAAAAGGGAUUGAAUCCAGUGUGGUACUGAGAUCAGUGGUGUAUUCCCAAUGGACCAGUUGAUCUAUCUAGUUACAUACACUUUAAUAUGGCCCAUUAAUGCCUUCUUCCUCCUUUCAGUGUUAGACCUGUACAUGUUAAAUGGAACAAAUAUUACUUGCCCCUCCUUCAAGAGAUUACUAACUCUUUGCUUUGUAAAACAUUUCAUUAAGAAACAAAUACAUUGCCAGGAGCUAACCCAUACACCGUAAGGGAUUUGUACCCCUUUGCUGAACUCCCUUCCCUUUCCUCCAACAUCAACUCUUCCCCAACUGAAAUUUGACUUUCGUCUGAGUGAAAGUAUUUACAGUAGCUAUCCUGAAGCAACUCCCACCUCUUAUCCCCACUUCCCACCUCUUCUCAGAUUCAUUUGAUGAGAGAUCGAUACAGCAGAUUAAACAAAAGAGCUUGUGUUUGUAAAUACGAUUGGCAUUGAAGAUAUAGUGCGAUACCAGGGGCAGGUCCAGUACACACUGACUGUGGACUAGCACAUAUACCAGGCUUGGCCUACCAACCACCACCUCCCAGAGAUGUGCACCUUUUACAUUGAAAGUGUGUUUCUCUGCUUUUCACCAAUAUGCAAUGCUAAACAAAUAAAUGCUAGCUCUUUCAUCACGGGAACAGCAUGCCUUUCUCAUUGACUGUAUCACACAGUUCCCUUACCCCAAAUACCUCUUCCUCAUCUCCUUUCUGUGAUAACGAAUGUUUCUGCAGAACACAAGGCAAGUAGUAGAAAAUAUGUGCGCAUUGUAUUUUGUUUUGAUGUAUUUUGCUGCACCGAUUGUGCACAUGACCAUAUCAGGAUGCACUGUGCUUUAUUUAUUCUUGUCUUUACACCCUUUAUCCUUAACACCUCUUGUUCUAAUUCAUGUCACCAUAACCAUGAAACAUUUUGCACCAUUGACGUAGUCUGUGUGUUGUGACCACAAGCGCUGUAUAUGACAACAAGUAAGGAAAAUCAAACACCAGGAGAUGAGUUAGUAUGAAUCCGUGAACGAUAAUCAAGCUCUGUCUACAGUUUCACAGACAAUGCUUUUCACAUUGAGGUGCAUAUUUUUUAAUCCUUUUUCAACACACCUCAUUGGUGAACCUUGCUUGUAAGUUUACUCCAGCAAGCAUUGGUCAUUAGACAUUCACUCCCCAAGCUAAUGAGAUUUCAGCGGUGGAUUAUCCACAGGACUUUCAAUGCUGGUCGUUGAGGAUUGAGGUGGAGGUAGGGGCAUUGGAGGGGGUUGGCGGGGUGGAAAACAGAGCGCAGAUAGAGAUAUUGAUAAAUAUAUAGUCAGUUAUUAACGAGCUUCAGGUUAGGAAGAUAUUCCACAGCAAAUAACAGACACAAGAGGGCAUUGGAAGAAGUAGCAAGAGAAAGCCAUUCAGCUCCAUCAAUCUUAUUCAACCAUUUAGUGAGGUCAUGACUAAUCUAUUUUAACAACGUUUUUCUGCACAGUCCCAUAUCUCUUAAUAUUUUUAAUAUGCAGAAAUAUAUCAAUCUCAGCCUUGAACAGAUUCAACUCCACAGCCCUCUAAGGUAGGGAAAUGCAAAUCCCUUGAAUGAAGAUGUUCCUCCUCAUCUUCAUCCUGAACAGACUGCCCCAUAUUCUGAGGUGCCAUAUUUCACUGUACGCAUGCCAAUUUUUUUUUUUGCUAAUUGGCUUUACCAAGUUAAUAACGAUUAAACCCUUGUGGAAGCAAUUUAGUGACAGAGAAUAAAAUGAGUAUGUAUUGUUUGGUGGUGUUUUCAGUCCACUAGUCAUUUAAAUGUGUCUCAGGGAGAAGGUUGAUGCACUUUACCAGACCUUCUAAUAAUUGUGCAGGGAGAGUUGUAAGAGUACAGAGUGGCAGUGGCAUAGUGCUAAUGUCACUGGGCUUAUAAUCUAGAGAUUUCAGUUGAUGCUGUGGGCACUGGUCCCAAUUCACUGUAACAUCUUCUGGAAUUUAAAUUCAACUAAUAAAUCUGAAAUUUAAUGCCUAAUCACCAUAUAAUAAUUAUUGUAGAAGCAAAUCUAGUUUGCUAAUAUCCCUUUAGGGGAGGAAACCUCCCAUCCUUACCUGCUCUGGCCCACGUGUGACUCCAGACCCAGAUCACUGCAAUGUGAUUGAAUAUAAAAAGGCCCAGCAAACCAUUCUGUUGAAAGACAGUCAGGGAUGGCCAACAGAUGCUGGCUGUCUACAUCCCACGAAAGAAUAGAGAGAAUAAAAUACAGUGCAACUAGUGAUGAAGGCAAUAUCAGCAUGGUAAAUUCUCAUCGCAAGAGCAAUGAACUCGAACUCAAUUAAUCAUUUCAAAUCUAAGAUUAAUGGAUUUUCGCCAGCCAAGCAUUUGAUAGAAUUUCAAGCUAUGCUUGCCGGAUGAAAUUAAAAUCCACAUCAGUCAUGAUCCUGUUGAAUGAUGGAACAGGCUUGAGGGGCUGAAUGGCUUCCUCCUGUUCUUAGCAGUAGCCAGGCAAACCUCAGAUCUGCAGCCCUGAUCCAGAAACCCCGUCCCAUCUCUUUCUUGCUGCCUUACCGAUAUUUCCAUAAUAGGUGGCGUCCGUACAUGUCAAAGCUCGCCCCUAUGAUAAGGUCUUUUGUACCUUAAGGGGCACACAGGAUUUGUUGGGCCCAGUACAGUUUUACCUGUUACGCUUACAACCAUAGAACAGUGCAGCACAGUACCUGGGCCUUCGACUCAUCAGGGCUGUGCUGACCUCGAUACUAUUCAAUCUAAUCCUGUAUGCCUGCACAUGGUGCAUAUCUCCCUAUUCCCAGCCUGUUCAUGUGUCAGUUUAAAUGCCCCUUAAACAUUGCUAACAUAUCUGUUUCUAUCACCUUCCUUGGCAGUGCAUUCCAGGCACCUACCAUCCUGUGUAAAAAAACUUAUCUUGCCCAUCUCCCUUAAAUUUACCCCUGCUCCUCUCAAAACUAUGUCCCCUAGUAUUUAACAUUUCCACACUGAAAAAGACUCCAACUAUUCACUCAUGAUCUUAUAUACUUCUAUCAGGUCACUUCUGAUGCUGUAGUGAAAACAAUUCAAGUUUGUCCAACCUCUGUCUAUAGUUUAUAGAGUUAUAUAUGAAAGCCUUACAGAGCUGCAUCAUGAAUUGCCCGCUUUUAUACUUAAUACCCUGACCAAUGAGAGCAAGCAUGUUGUACACCUUCUUUACCACCUUAUCCACUUGUGUUGCCACUUUCAGAGGGUUAUGGACGAGCACCCCAUGAUCCUUCUGUUUAUCAAUGCUUCCAAGGGUCCUGCCAUUUAUUCUCAGCUUUCCUCAUGCGUUUGACCUUCAAAAAUGCACCACCUCACACCUGCCUGGAUUAAACUCCCUCUGUCAUUUCUCCUCCCAGCUUUCCAAGUGAUCUAUAUCCCACUGUGCCCUUUGACAACCAUCCUCACUAUCCACAACUCCACCAAUUUUCAUAACACCUGUAAACUUAUUAAUCGGACCUCCUACAUUUUCAUCCAAAUCAUUUAUAUAUUUUAAAGACAACAGGGGCCCCAGUACUGAUCCUUGCAGAACACCACAGGUCACAGAUCUCCAGUCAGAAAAAUACCCCUUCAUGUCUACCCUCUGUUUCAUUUUACACUCAACGUACCAACUCGCUGUGGAUCCCAAAUAGCUUAAUCUUCUGGACCAGCCUACCUUGACAGACUAUGUCAAAUGCUUUAGUAAAGUUAUAGAGUCAUUCAGCAUGGAAGUAGGCCCUCUUCCAUGCUGACUAAACUAAUCUAGUCCCACUCGCCUGUCUUUGGCCCAUAUCCCUCCAAACCUUUCCUAUUCAUGUACCUGUCUAAAUGCCUUUUAAAUGUUGUAGCGGUGCCUGCAUCUACCACUUCCUCUGGCAGUGCAUUCCACGCACAAACCAAUCUCUGUGUGAAAACGUUGCCCCUCAGGUGCCUUUUAAAUCUUUCUCCUCACACCUUAAAAAUAUGGCCCUUAGUCUUGAACUCCACUAUCCUCGGGAACAGACCUACGCUAUUCACGUUAUCCAUGGCCAUCAUGAUUUUAGAAACCUCUAGAAGGUCACCCCCUCAACCUCCCUAUGCUCUCGUGAAAAAGUCCCAGCCUAUCCAGCCUCUCCUCCCUCCAAACCCUCUCUCCAAAACAUACAGAGCUGUCUUCAAUUUAUUAGUGUGUUUCGUAUAGCAGGGCAACCAGGACAGCACACUGUACUGCAAAAGUGGCCUCAUCCAUGUCCUGCACAACUUCAACACACUGUUCCAACUCCGACACUAAGUGAUCUCAGUUAUGAAGGCAAGCGUGUUGAACACCUUCUUACCCACCCUGUCUACCUGUGACACAACUUUCAAAUAACUAUGUACCCUAACCUCACCAAUCAUCUUUGUCACUUCCUCAAAAAAAACUCAAAUUUAUGAGACAAGACCUCCUGUGCACAAACCAUGCUGACUAUCCCUAUUAAGUCCAUAUCCUUCCAAAUGCAAGUAAAUCCUGUCCCUAAGAAUCUUCUCCAAUACUUUUCCUAUCACUGAUCUAAGGCUGAUUGGCCCAUAAUUUUGUGAAUUAUUCCUGUUGCCCUUCUUAACCAAAGGAACAACACUAGCUAUUCUCCAGUCUUGAUGAUGAGGUGGUAGUGUCUUGAUGCGCAUUAAGAUUGAUAAGUCCCCAGGUCCUGAUGGGAUCAAUCCCAGGACUGUGAAGGAGGCAAGGGAGGAGAUUACUCGGGACUUGAAAGAGAACCUUGUAUCCUCUCUAGCCACAGGUGAGAUCAUUUAAAACCAAAUAGAAUGUCCCCUUCCUUAGUUGGAUGAUCAACAUAUUGUUUCAACAAACACUCCUGGACACAUUGAACAAAUCCUGCCACCUCUAACCCCCCUGUCACCAAGGAAGUCCCAGUCAAUAUUGGGGAAGUUAAAGUCACCGCCUACAACAACACUGUUAUUUUUACAUCUUUCCAUGAUCUGCAUUCAUAUCUGUUCCUGUAUCUCCCACUGGCUAUCGUCAGGUUUAUAGUAGAACCCUUAAGUUAUUCCUAAGCUCUACCCAUAUUGCCUCACUGGAUAAGCCUCCAAGACCGCUCUCAGUACGUGUGUGACAUUCCCCGUAAUCAGUAAUGUGACUUCUCCACCCCUUUUACAUCCCUCUAUUUCAUCCUGAUACAUUUAAACCCUGAAAUGUUGAGCUGCCUGCCCUGUUCUCCCUUCAACCAAGUUUCCGUAAUGGCUACAACAUUGUAGUUAGAAGCAGUUCUUCCAAUCAAAAAACACCGUCAUUUUUAUAGCAACUAUCACAUAAUAAAAUGUGUCUUUGUGCCUCGCAGGAGUGCUCGCAUUCAAUGAUAUUAGAAGUGCUGAUUGAAGGCAUGAGCUAAAAAACCAUAAGAAACAGGAGUUUAGGGGCGGCACGGUGGCUCAGUGGUUAGCACUGCAGCCUCACAACGCCAGGGACCCGGGUUCGAUUCCAGCCUCGGGCAACUGUCUGUGUGGAGUUUGCACAUUCUCCCCGUGUCUGCGUGGGUUUCCUCUGGGUGCUCCGGUUUCCUCCCACAGUCCAAAGAUGUGCAGGCUAGGUGGACUGGCCAUGCUAAAUUGCCCGUGGUGUUCAGGGGUGUGUGGGUUAUAGGGGGAUGGGUCUGGGUGGGAUGCUUCAAGUGGUGGUGUGGACUUGUUGGGCUGAAGGGCCUGUUUCCACACUGUAGGGAAUCUAAUCUAAUCUAAUAUAGGAGUAGGCCAUUCAGCCCCUCGUGUCUGCUCUGCCAUUCAAUAAGAUCAUGGCUGAACCAGCCUUCCUCCUGUCCAUUUUCUUGCAUUUUCCCCACUAACCUUAUUCCCUUACAUAUCAAGAAUCAAUCUGUCUGAGCCUUAAACAUACACAAGGACUCUGCCCCCACAGCUCUCUGUGGCAAGGAGUUCCAAAGACUCUCAAACCUCUGACUGAAAAAAUACCUCCCCAUCUCAGUCUGAUUUUGGUGCCACUUUAUUUUGAGACUACGCCCUUUGGUUCUGGACUCUCCCAUGAGGGACAACAUCCUGUCAGCAUUUACUCUGUCAACUCCCUCAAGAAUCCUAUACGUUAGAAUGAGACCUCCUCUCAUUGUUCUAAACUCCAGUGAAUAGGGUUCCCAGCCUGGUUAGCCUUUGUUUGUGAGACAAUCUCGCCAUACUAGGGAUCAUCCAGUUAACCAAUCAAAGAAACAAGCUUUGAGGAUAAUUGUAAAAGAGAUUUUGGAAUGAUGCAGAUCUUUAGAGAGGGAACUCCAGCGCUUAGGGCGCUGGAAUCUUGAAUGGUACAGUGGCUCAGUGGUUAACACUGCUGCCUCACAGCACCAGGGACCUGGGUUCGAUUCCCACCUCGGGUGACUGCUUGUGUGCAGUUUGUAUGUUUGCCGCGUGUCUGCAAGGGUUUCCGCCAAAUGCUGUGGCUUGCUCCCACCACCCAAAGAUGCGCCGUGUUUAAAAAUUGUCGUAGUGUCCAGGGAUGGACGUCCUAAGUGGAUAAGCCAUGGCACGGGGAUAGGAUAGGAUGGGGGGGGGGGUUGCUCCUCUUCAGAGGGUUAGUGUAGCCUUGUUAGCCCGAAUGGCCUCUGUAUUGUAGGGAUUUUACAGGAUGUGGUAACAUGAAUGCACAGUCACCAAUGAAGUAAAAUAGUGAUUAGUGGGCCCGGAGGAGGUUGGAGAGAUAGGGAGCAGUGAGGCUAUGGAGGGAUUUGAGAUAAGAAGUUUGAGAGUAAAGCCUUGUCAGUUGGCAACUGGAGAUGACUGGUGGCAUAAAUAGUAUAUUAGAGAACAUGGCAGCACACGUGACAUCUAGGUGAUGGAUCAGCAGAAUGUAAAUGUGUCUGUCAAGGUAAAUAUUGAACCUUCACGCCACCAAUAAAUGCAGAUAACAGGGAUUCUGAAGAAGGGUCACUGAACCUGAAACGCUAAGUCUGCUUUCUGUUCACAGAUUCUGCCAAACCUGCUGAGUUUCUCUAGCAAUUUCUGUUUCAUUUUCCAAGAUACAGGGGUAUUCACUUAGUGAUUGAUUCUUCACUGGAGAAAAGGGUUGAAUUGUUCUCUUGCUGUGCAUUGCCAUUAGAAACUGCAAAGCUGAUGCAAGUCCUGAGGAUAAUAAUGAUUUUGGCCUUGACAGCUGACUAAAGAUUAAUGAAACGUGCAUUAAAGAUUUACAAGGCAAUAAAUGCGAUGACUCAAUUGAUAUAUACUUGUGUUAAGGAUUGCCCACAUUUUACUUGAAUGUUUCCUUCAAGCUUAUCCUGAAGGUACAAUAACCAGGUAUAUUAAAGAUAUCAUUAUAGCAGGACAAACACCCUCUUUCAAGAGAUCACCAGCCUUGCAUUAACUGAUCUGACCGUUCAUCCACAUUGGGCGGAUGUAUGGGGUCAUUAUAGAUAGGCCAUGUAGUUGAUUUGCAUUAAGUUGUUUGUUAUAGUUGAGCUUUCUUCUUGCCCUUAAGUAAAAUGUUUACUGCACUAAAAUCCAGGGAAAUGGCAAUAAAACAACAUGUUUUCUUUAAACGGGAAUCUCUCCAAAAGAGACAGCAUCGCCCCUGCCCCAUCCCCUCCACUUUCCUGUCUCCUGCUUUGCUCUGCCUCAGUGAGAACUGCACAUAUCAGUAAAUAUUGGUUUUAAAGUUGAAACCUACCUCCUUAAAUCACAACUGCUUUACACACUUCUCACAACUUCUCACGUGUUGAUCUUAGUCUUUCAAGUGCAGACCACCCUGCUGUGCAUGUCUAGCACUUAAAAUACCGAUCCAUAUCAUGUGUGUCUCAACUCUAUACUCCAAUUGGCAAUGCAUUGUUUGUGGUGUGCAUUGAUGGGUCUCUAUUAGCUGGUCUCCUGUAAAGUAUUGAAAGUGGGAUGUUGAUACAGGCUUGGGUUCAAUGAUGUGGUACCAUGGAAUCCUUUAUUAACUACUUAACAAAGAGAUUCCAAUUCCCAUGCUUGGGAAGCCAAAGCCAAGGGGGGAAUCAUCAGUUUAAAGCUGUAACCAAGGGACUGUGGAAAAACAUCUUCAUGUGGAGUUGUUUGAGCUUGUGAUGUUUUAUCAUUGAGGGCAUCAGUCCAAAAAAGAACUGACCACUGCUUCAUUUGAGCAUGGAACGGCUAAACCUCUGAACCAAGAGCAGGCCUGCGAUGUGAAAGCAGGGCAGUGAUAUUAGCUUUGGAUUCCUUUAGCAAGGAUCAGUGGCAAAUUUGAUGGGCUGAAUGUCCCUUUCCUGUGCUGCAUUCAGCCACUGCAUUCAGAGGGGACCAGAGAAAUGUAACUUCCAUGAAGAAUCAUCAAACAGUAAUGGAUAUCAUCUUUAUCAACUCACAUUAAAGAUGCUGUCUCUGUAAGGAGAUUUCUUUUUUCUGUGUUUGGUUUGACUAACCCACAGGCAUGAACCAAAAAUGCUGUCUCUCUAAUAAACUUGAUCUGUGUGACAUUGUGCAAACAGUGUAAUGUGGGUUAAAUUGCACAGUUUUCCUUUCCUGUUUAUAAAGAUAUUAAUAUAUUCCCUGAAUAAGAUAUUGCUCGAAAACUGACAUUCCCACAGAUUGCAUCUAAGACAAUAAUGUAGAGUUAACAUGAGAUGGUCAUAGAAUGUGUAGGUGAGGCUAAUAAACAUGGCUAUUUAAACUGACUGCAUGGGAGGUCGUAAUAGCUAAGCCAUCCAGAUAUACUGUUUCCUCUGGGAAAACUGUAAAAAUAAAACUGACUGUUUUUGUAUAGGAACAAACUAAACAUAAAAUAAAAGCAUAUUGUUCUU